AUGAAGUUCAAUCUCUCCAUUCUUUUGAACGGCAUUCCAUUUGCCUUUUCCCAAAUCUUGGCAGGUCGAGACCUUGCGAUUCCAAAUAAAUACAUCAUCAGUCUGAAGGCGAAUAUACCCGAGACUGCUGUUGAAAACCAUCUCAGAUGGGUGCACGAAGUCCACAAGAAGCGGAAUCUAGCCCGUCGCGACCUCGUCGGAGUUGAAAAGACCUUUGACAUCGGCUCUUUCCACGCUUAUACGGGUUCUUUCGACGAAGAAACCUUGACGGAGAUCCAAGCAAAUGAAGUCGUCGAGCGUGUGGAGCCAGAUGCUUCCAUCUAUCCGUUUAAUGUUGUGUCACAGCAGCAGGCGACAUGGGGUUUGGGCACUAUUUCCCACGUGGCCCCCAUUGAUGCCAAUGCCAGCCUUAGAGAUGGAUUCGAAUAUCGCCACGACGAAAACGGAGGAGAGGGUACAUUCGCAUAUGUGAUUGAUACUGGUGUCUGGAUCGACAACCCCGACUUCGAAGGGCGGGCCGAACUAGGAUACACAGUAUUCGCGGACAUCCCUUUCGAAGAUAGCACUGGCCAUGGCACGCAUGUUGCUGGCACUAUUGCGUCCAAAACAUGGGGAGUUGCAAAGAAAGCGCGUGUUAUUGCUAUCAAAGUAAUAGCACCUGGCCGAGGUGUCAUGUCGGACUUUAUGGAUGGAUUCUCUUGGGCUGUGAACAACAUCACGUCGAUCCCUGGUCGUGCUGCAGUGUCAGUGAUCAAUAUGAGCCUGGGCGGCCCUAUCAACUACGCAUUUGAUAGCCUGGUGCACGCAGCAUCUGAGCACGGGAUUCUGUCAGUCGUCUCCGCCGGCAACGCUGGUGUUGAUGUGAACCGCGUAUCUCCAGCUGGAGUAGUCAGUGCGAUCACGGUCGCAGCUAGCGCUGCAAACAACACUGUUCUAAGCUACAGCAACUUUGGAUCUAAAGUGGACUUGUAUGCUCCAGGAGUUGAUGUGUACUCGCUUUCAUUGGAAGUAGGAAAGGACGUAGCAUUGACUGGCACAUCUAUGGCCUCGCCCCACGUUUCUGGCCUGGUGCUGUACCUGAAGAGCCUGGAAGCCGGCCUAGACUCUGUUGAGGCAGUAACUGCCAGAAUCUUGGAGCUGGCCAAGCCGGACGUCAUUGAUGGAGUACCGGAGUACACACCCAAUCUGCUCGCAUACAACGGAGUCGAAGCAAGAUUGUAG